AGCGCGCGCGCGCGCCCCGCCAGGCCGCGGGGCCGCGCAGCAGCUUGAGCGAGCGGAGUAAAGAUGGCGGAGCUGCAAAUGCUGCUGGAGGAGGAAAUUCCCGCCGGACGGAGCGCGUUAGUGGACAGUUUCAGUAACCUGGACAAAGUGGCCGAGUACUGCGAGAACAAUUAUGUCCAGUCCACAGACAAACAGCGCGCCCUGGAGGAGACAAAGAGUUUUACGACUCAGUCUCUGGCGAGCGUGUCUUACCUCAUCAACACGCUGGCGAACAACGUCCUGCAGCUGCUCGACAUCCAGGCGUCGCAGCUGCGUCGCAUGGAGAGCUCGCUCAACCACAUCUCACAGACUGUCGACGUCCACAACGAGAAAGUGGCGAGACGAGAGAUCGGAAUCUUAACCACCAACAAGAACGCGUGUCGCUCACAUAAAAUAGUGGCUCCGGCCGACCAGGAGAGGGCGCUGCGCUACAUCAGGAAACCCAUCGACUACAGCGCGCUGGACCACGUCGGACACGGAGUCAAGUGGUUAUUGAGGUUCAAGGUUAAUGAUCAGACCGUGGGUUUGUCCACCAGGUCCAACUCCGAGACCCAGAGACCACUGAGUCCUACGAGGACAGGCAGGGGGAAAAGCUCCCCCUACAGGACGUUGGAGCCAGUGCGCCCCCCGGUGGUUCCUCAUGAUUGUGUGAGCCCAGAUCUACUUCAGAGUCCAGAUCGAACCGCUUCACUGAUCCACAGGCCACGGACAUGCAGUGGCAGCAGUCAUCGCAGCAGCAGAGAAAACAGCAGCUGUGGAUCAGUGGGUUUUCCCAUCGCUGUGCCAACACCCUCCCCCCCCUCCACCUUCCCAGUUUCUCCGACUGCAGGACCAGCAAGCUCCUCCUCCACUGCUCCUAACUCCUCCCCCUCCUCCACUCCUUCCUCCGUCUGCUCCUCCUCCUCCAACUCCACCUUAACACAACCCAACGCACCUGCUAACCCCGCCCCACCCCCAAACCCCGCCCCCAGCCUAUCUGAAGAAGUGUCUUCUCCUCUUCCUGUAUCCUCCCCUUUAUCACCUGCUGAAGAUCCAGUGGUCCCUCACUUCUUCAGUAUGAAUCGUCCUCACACUCGUCAGCAGAGUCCACAGUUGGGCGGAUCUCUGCCGCACCGUCGCCGCCCCCCCUCCCUGACUGGUCAGCCUAUCAUAACACAGAACCAGGUGAACGGGGAUUACCACGACAACCACAGCCCAGAUGCCCCUCCCACUGCUGCUGAGAGCCAAUCAGAGCCCGAGGUUCCCCUGCAGAAGUGUGCCGAGGACUCGGCUGUGAUGGAGUUCAGUGACCCGUACGCUGAAGAGGAUCCACCGUGGGCCCCGAGGACCUACCUGGAGCGAGUGGUGGCCAUCUAUGACUACACAGCUGACAAAGAGGACGAGCUGUCUUUCCAGGAGGGAGCGGUCAUCUACGUCGUCCAGAAGAACGAGGACGGGUGGUUUGAAGGAGUGAUGAACCUGACCACGGGUCUGUUCCCCGGGAACUACGUCGAGUCCAUCAUGCACUACACUGACUGACCACAGGGGGAGCACUGCACUACACUGACUGACCACAGGGAGAGGACUGCACUACACUGACUGACCACAGGGGGAGGAGUAGUUUGUGGUUAUUGUUUUUUUCAAGUCACAAAAAUCACCAGCAGAUCAAAGUGUGACUACAAACAUGGCCGCCAUUGAAUUCAGAGAAUACGAUAGAAUGUUUAAAUACUGACACGUUCAGAUUAUUUUAUUAUCAAUAAUCUGAUGUAAUCUGUGUCUUCUUAAAGCAGUACUUCUCAAAUAGUGGGGCGGGGCCCCCUGGGGGGGAGUGAGAGCUAGGGCAGGACAUGUCAUACAGUGGUUUAUACAGAUAAAUAAAUCAAAAUAAUCAGGUUCUCAAUAGUAUUUCGA